AUGAAAAUGGCCAAACUCUUACCACGCGGGAAAUGCCUGGACCUCCCUAAAUGGUUCAAAACCUUCCCAAACUUGGCAAGCCUAUCAAUUGAGCUCACCAGAGACCAUGGCCGGCCGACAGAAGGUGAACCCUGGUACAUUGCUAGGAUUGAGCCGCUCGAGCUAGGAGAAAAAGUGACCUUUCCUCCUCUUGAAAACCUCUCUUUGAGUGGGUAUCGCCUAUCGGAGGUGGAAUUGCUAUUCUGGAAGGAAAACUUCCCUUGGUCUGGACUGAAGUCGCUGUCCAUGGGACCGAUACCUACUCCGGGCUUUCUCACGGCGAUUACAGGCUGUGUGAAAAAUUUAUCUUUCUUUACAAUCUCGGCCUAUAACGGCUCUGUGGAUGGUCAGCUUCCGGAACUAGUGGCAUUUAUUAUGUCUUUUGCUACGUUGGAAUCUCUGACUGUCAAGGGAUUACCACUCUCCAUGGGUGCAGUAGGUUAUCAUUCAAACCUACAGAGACUCAUCCUGCAUUCGGUUGAGAACGACAAAAAAGAACGAAAAAUCCUAGAUGCGGAUGAUAUAAUGUACCUCGAUGAACAAUGUCCUAAACUUCAAUUUUUGGAGAUCGACAUCCGUCGAAAGGAUGAAUGGCCUGAGGAAAUAAUCGAUGCCCUAACUGAAGGCUUUGACAAUCUCCGUCAACUCCGUCUACACGUCGGACUAGAAAUCUAUGAGAAAACCAGAGCAAAUCCCCGAGCCAAAUUAGAGCCAACACUGAAUCUUGUUUCCGCCCACGAGUUUGGCCAGACUUUCUUCCGUCAAAGAAAGUCUUUGACAAAGCUCGAACUCAUCGCCCUAAAGACGGGCGAAAAGUUGCGUCAUUACCCAGAGGUGGCUCCAGACUAUACACAUGAAGAGAAUCGGGUCUCUCGGAUGUUUCACAUUUGGCCUUCUCAAUGCCUGAAUAGUGGGUUUGAAAUCAAAGAUAUGGAUGUUGAAGUCGAUGAUUUCUGA